AGGAGUUCCUUGCCUUCGACGCUCACCUGCGCGACCUGUAGUCUGUUCCUGCUUUCUUACCUGUCACUAUGUCUAAUUCUAGAGGAUUCAGCAGCCAGUCCUACACCCCGAGUAGUUCGGGACCGGCCAAGAGUGUGGACACGUCGGACAAACACAAGGAGAAGAAGGCCCUGGUUGGACUGAACGACAAGUUCGUCAAGCUGAUUGACAAGGUGAAAAAUCUGGAGGAUGAGAAAACAAGGCUUGAGAAGGAGCUUGAGAUCCUCAAGGAGUACGAGGUGUACACGGGCAAGGUCGACGACCUUGCAAAGCAGCACAAGAACGACCUGAAGCAGAGGGUUGAGAACUUGCUCCGCGAACAAGAGAAGCUGAAGGAUGAGCGGGAACGAAACAUAAAGGAGAAGGACGAUACCAAGAAGAGGUUGGAAGAGGAGCAAAAAAAGAAAUAUGAUCUGGAGAACGAUUGUAUUCUUGCCAAAAAGGAGCUAGACAACAGCCAACUGGAGCAUGUCCAGCUGAUGCUGGAUCUGGAUGACCUGGUGGAUGAGUUGGAAUUUCUCAGGAAUGCCUUUGAUGAGGAGAUCAGGGAGCUGCUGUCUCAGAUCCAGAACAAGCACGUGGUCUUACCCAACAACAACAAGCGCUCUCUGGACAUGGGCGACGUCAUUCAGAGUACCGAGCUUCAAUAUGCCAACAUGGCCGUCCAGUCCAGGGAGGAAGCUGAGCGCUGGUACAAGAAAAAGAUGGAUGUCAUGGUCAAUAAAACUGAGCAGCAGGAGGAGGGUGUGCGUGAUAUAAAGAGGAUGAUCUCGGAGUUGUUGCGCCAAAUCCACUGGCUCACUGGGGAACUGGAAUCUCUCACAAGAAAGGAAGUCUCUCUGAAGAAGGAAAUCGAUGAUGUUCAGAAAGAAACUGACGUGAACGUGGAAGAGGCCCGCAAAGGCAUCGACCAACUGAAGGAGGCGCUGAAACAGGCCAAGACGGACUAUGCUGGACUGAUCCGUGAUUACCAAGAGAUGCUGAACCUCAAGCUGAAGCUGGACAUGGAGAUCGCUACCUACCGCAAGCUGCUGGAGGGCGAGGAGGCGAGAUAUGAUGGUGUGAAGCAGGGCCCACGCAAUGCAAAUUUCUAAAAACAAACCAACCAAUCCAAGUCCUUACUUGCACGCAGACCUUCGCCUGCCAUCGAAGCAACAGCCAGAGAAGCAGCACCUGCCAGUGAAGCCAGAGACGCCCCAAGCCCCAGAUCCCUCCAACGCCUCGGCCACCACCCCUCCCCCACCUCGUGCCGGUUCCCCAGAGGAACAACACCUGCCAGUGAAGCCAGAGACGCCCCAAGCCCCAGAUCCCUCCAACGCCUCGGCCACCACCCCUCCCCCACCUCGUGCCGGUUCCCCAGAGGAACAACACCUGCCAGUGAAGCCAGAGACGCCCCAAGCCCCAGAUCCGUCCAACGCCUCAAACAACGCCCCUCCCCCGCCUUGUGCCGGUUCCCCAGAGGAACAACCCCUGCCAGUGAAGCCAAAGACGCCCCAAACCCCAGAUCCCUCCAACGCCUC